AUGGAUCUAGCAAAUGCAGUUAAUGCAUUUAUCGCCUAUUGUAAGGCGGAAGCUCUUAAUAUUAAUUAUAAAAAAUCGAAAGUCCUCCACUUCACUCGCUCCCGUAAACUCAAGUUGGAGCCGCUUAAGAUCACAGGUGGCUACUUAGAAAAGGUAAAAGCCUUUAAAUAUCUAGGAUUAAUAUUCACCUAUAAUCUCUCCUGGACCACCCAUCUACAAUCUGCCUUUCUCGCUGCAACCACGACCUCUAACGCCAUUGUCCGAUUUUACCACCAGAAGGGCGGCAAACACCUUCCAGCAGCAAUUCAAAUAUUUAAUGCCAAAGUCGUCCCUAAAUUAUUAUAUGGAUGUGAAGUAUGGACUACAGCAAUAUCAGGUAACCUGGAUCGUCCACUUCAUAUGUUUCUGAGAUCUCUUUCCGGCGUCCCGAGAUGUGUCUCAGGUGCAGCCCUACGACUCGAGUUCGCCCAGCCUUCAAUUGCUAGGACGAGCAUGGAGCCGAGCCAUUUCCUACACCCUCCACCUAUUAGCAUCGGAUGCUCGAAUUAGAGGUGGCUUUUCCAAUCUGAUCCUAAGAGAUAUUCAUAAUUCCCCUUGGAAAACUACAAUUAACCUCAAAUUCCGCUCUCUUCUCAAUUUGAAUUGUAAAACUGUUCUUAACUUAGAGUGUAUCAGCCCGGUGGCCCUACCCCUAAUUAAAAAGAAACUACAGCAACUUGACUUCUCCAACACAGCUUCUUGUGCAAGAGGACCGUGUUCAGGCCUAGCCCUAGCUAUUCCACCCCUGAAGGGAUCCUCUAUACUGCUUCACAAUUUCUUCGGAGACUAAGCGAAGGGCUUUUACCUGUGCCCGUCUCAACUGUUUUCCUACAGCAGUUCUGUCGGGUCGUUAUUCCAGAGUUCCCAUCGCAAACAGAACAUGCUCCUGUAAUGACACGGCCCUGGAGACUAUGGAACAUGUAAUGCUCUUCUGUCCCAACUGGACAGAUGAAAGAUCUCGGUUUUUAACUCCACUCGUGAAUAAGUUCCAUCUCCCAAUCCAGCCUUGGAUAGUGUCCCUCCUUUUGCAGGAUUCUGAUUGUUGGAUUACUGAGAUGACAGCUAACUUCCUGCUUAGUGUGAUGAAGAGGAAAGCGGCACUAACUUCUUCCUUAACACCACAGAUGCAGUCGAUACGCCGCACAACCGAACGAAGUUCCAAGUAG